UGUUGAAGGAAGACUACACACGACCUUAAACAACGAAACGGCAUUCAAUUUCAACAUACUAUUUUCAUUGCAUGAAGGUUUUUUAACAGCUUUGAGGAAGUGGUUUGACUAUGAACAUUGAGUACAGUCUCCAGGAUGUGGUACAAUGUCAUAUAUGUAAAACUCAAGAUGCUCCUCUACAUUGUGAAAUUUGUCAAAAAUACAUGUGCCAAGGCUGUAAAGAAAAACAUCUUUCUGGCAAAUCCAAAGAACACAACUUGAAACUAUAUGGAAUCAUUUUAUUGGACCCUGAGUACAGCCUCCAGGAUGUGGUACGGUGUCAUCUCUGUGAGACCCCGGCUCCCUCUUUACACUGUGUCAAUUGUAGCAUUCAUCUGUGUAAAGGCUGUGAGGGGAAACAUCUCUUUGAUAAAUCCAAACAACACAAAGUGGUGCCAUUUAAAUAUCGGGGAUCUUUUCCUAAGUGUCAAAAACAUUCCACAACAAUAUGUGACCAAUACUGUGAACAAUGCAACAUUCCUGUUUGUGAACUCUGUGUUUCCUUUGAUGAACACCAAAAUCAUGAUGUAGUAGAUUUUUUGGACAAUUUAAAGAAUAAAACACAAUUUUUACAGUACGUUUUACAAGAUUUAGAAAAUACCAUAUAUCCUAAAUAUCAAGAAAUUGCAUUUAAUCUCUCGGGUCAAAAAGCUGACCUGAAUGAUAACUCCCAGAAAUUGACAACAGCAAUCAACAAACAUGGAGAAGACUUGCACAGAGAAAUAGACAACACUAUACAGAAACUGAAAUCUGAUCUGGAUGAAAUGGACUCCAAACUACUUGCUGUACUAAAUAAAGAGGAAGAUGAAAUUUCACAAACCAUUUCUAAAAUCACACAGAGCAUUGAUGAUCUGAAGAAAUUAUUGGUCUCCAAUGAUGUCAGCCUUGUCUUUGCUUACAAAUCCAGGAAUGUUGAAUUCAGAAGAUUGCCUCCUAAACUCACAGUUUCCUUUCCAAGUUUUACCCCUCAGAAAAUAACCAAAGAACAGCUUUAUCAACAAAUUGGUUCUCUGUCAGCGCCAUCUAUCAAAACAGAAGAACAUGGCUACACAAUGGAUUCUCUCCCGCCCAUGCCGCUCAUUGAUGUACCACGGGUCAUCACACAGAUAAAAACAUCGCAUAGAGGGUUAUUCAGUGUGUCCUGUGUGAAAGAUGAAUGUAUCUGGACGUGUGGUUUGCUUGACAACAAGAUGAGACUCUACAACCUGCAGGGUGAACUAAAAAAGUCAGUCCAUACCAUGUCAGGGAACAAUCCAGUGGACAUGUUGGUGACAAGGAGUGGGGAUCUAGUUUAUACUGAUUACAAUGAUAGAACUGUGAACAUAGUGAAGAAUACACAGAUACAGACAGUGAUCAGACUACAGGGGUGGAGACCUUGGGGUGUCUGUAGUACCUCCUCUGGUGACUUUCUGGUUGUCAUGGACAGUGAUGAUUAUAGACAAACAAAAGUUGUGUGUUACUCUGGCUCUACAGAGAAACAAAGUAUUCAGUACGAUGACAAAGGACAACCUCUCUAUUCAUCUGGUGGCAUUAAUUACAUCAGUGAGAACAGGAACCUAGAUAUUUGUGUGUCAGACUAUGGAGCACGAGCAGUAGUGGUGGUCAAUCAAGACGGGAAACUCCGGUUUACCUACACUGGUCCUCCCUCUACUACCAAGGGAUCAUUCUAUCCAUACGGCAUCACAACAGACAGCCAGGCUCGGAUCCUGACAGCAGACAUGAGCAACCGCCGUAUCGACAUCCUGGAUCAGGACGGACAGUUCCUCCGCUACAUUGACAACUGUCAUUUACAAGGUCCAUGGGCUUUAUGUGUGGACACCACAGACAACCUCUUUGUGACUGAGUGUGGCACAGGUAAAGUGAAGAAAAUUCAAUAUUACCUUGAUUAUAUGUAAACACACUGCUUGUAUAAAUAUGAAUAAAUAUGUUUUUUGUAACACUGGUAUAAGCUGUAUGAUCAAUCUUUUAUCCAAAUUAUGAAUAUCAAAAAUCUAUGUGAUAACAAACUAUAUAUCUGUGGGAUAUGUAUGUAUGAAUUACUUAGUUUUCUUGUAAUCAAAUAUUGCUGUAUUCUAAACAUCCUAUGUUUACAGCUGUCUAGUAUUAAACAGACUUAGUGUGAUAAGAUAUCAUUAGAAUAAAGUGUUGAUGUACAUCAUGUAACUUAUUAUUUCGUUAUGAUACAAUUAUUCUAACCAUUGCUUUCAUGUUUAAUCAUCGAUGUAUUGUUUAAUCGGAUAUACAUUUAUUUGACAAAAGACAUAUUUUGUGUUUCAAAACUGUCGCACAACAAUAGAAACAACUGUACAUUAGAAAAUGCUUUGCUUUGCUAUGCUUUGAAACAAUGAUGUAUGAUUUUAUUGAUGACAGAUUUAUAAUAUAUAUGAACAAGAACUCCAAGGGGUAUACAUUUAUCAUA